AUGGUCUCCGUAGACAGGUUUAGUGCUUUGGAAAAUGACCGCUUUAUAAACCAUCACAGCGGAAUAGGAGGAUCAUUCCCAGGCAGACUACAUCCACAUUUCUCUUCGUUAUUUGAUGACGACUUGAGCAUCGUCCUGAGAAAUCCCAAGACCAGAACACCAAAUUCAGUCUUUUCAGUGGGCCCAGCGAAGCACGCAGCAAUUACCAGAAAUGAUUCCGAGCUUUUUCCGAAACAUAGUUUUCAAGAAUUUGAUGACAUUUCCUCUUUAGAUGCACCGGCUUGGAUGACAUCAGUGUCUCCAAAAAGUAAUAAUAAGUUUGUUAGCAGAGAUAAACCAUAUCUAGAUUCAGAGUUAAAAUCUCAUGAGUCAAGUAAAAGCAAAGCUAAUGAUAACAUUGUUGAUAGUCCAGUGUUUGAUUCACAGCAUAAUUUACCGCUUUCCACUCUUCAACACAAUUCUUGUGGGGGACAACUAGAAAAUUGGACAACUAUACCUAUAAAGCAUAUAGAAUCAUCUACUUUUUCUGUGUCUGAUGAGGAUCUUGAUUCAAACAACAACAGUUCUCGCAGACGGUAUUCAAGCACCCCAAGAAGCCGCGCUUCCAGCAAAGUCAAAUAUGAUCGAGAAAAUUCGAAUGAUGGCAACAUUCAGUCGCAGAGCAACAGGUUCAGAAAAGCUAACCCAGCCUAUCACACAUCUGCUUCCUCUGAACAAAAUCAGUCUAGAAAUGAUGAAACAAAUAACAUUACAUCAGCGAUCAAAGGAGAUUUGGAUUCACCUGAAUUUGAACAAGAUGAAGUUGUUUCUCCUCCACACUGUCAGGUGUACCAUGAUCUGAAAAUUAAACUGGCACAUGAAGACAGGAAGAUUGACUAUAUCGAAGGGGAUGGCAAUUGUUUGUUUAGAGCUUUGAGCAAAGGUAUCUACGGCAGCGAAAAAUAUCACAAGGCAAUGAGGAUGUUUAUAGUGAACUUGAUUGGAACAAACAAGUCGAAAUUUGCUCAGUUUGUUGAUGAUGAGGAUGUUGAGGAACACAUUAACAGGAUGUGCAAAGAUGGUUGCUGGGCAACAACUUGUGAAAUUUAUGCAGCGGCUACACUCCUUCAGAGAGACAUCUUCAUGUUAACCCCGGACCACAUGAAUGAGAAAUACUCUUGGCUCCUCUUUCAGCCAGUCUUCAAAAUAAACGAAGCUCUAAGUGUGGCCAACACGCAUCCCUGCUACAUUACUCUUUGCAAUACAAAUGGGAAUCACUAUGAUCGGAUUGUUCCAGAUCACGGUGGAUGCAACUGUUUUCUUCCACAUCCGGAGUUAGAUGGAUUGUCUACAGACUCUACAACAUCUGCAGAUACAAGUUCAGCAGGCUAUGUUACUUUUAAGCAUUAA